AUGGCCCGUAUCAAACUCAUCGGCAUUUUGAAAGACAAAGUCUCGAUCCUCAAGGCCACUCUAUACAUCAACCGCCAUGCCUCGUCAGUGCACGUUGCCGUCCUACGCGCCACCACCCACCACCCGUCACGGCCGCCUUCCGAGGAGAAGAUCGCCUCCGUGCUCGCUCUUGGGCACUCCUCACGUAUCACUGCAUGCGCAUGCAUUGAGGCGCUCAUGGAUCGCCUCCACGGAACGCAGAGCGCAUUUGUUGCCCUAAAGUGCCUCUUGACCCUACACAACAUUAUAGCGAAAGGGUCAUUUAUUCUCAACGACCAGCUUGCUUUUUACCCUUCUUUUGGGGGACACAAUUUCUUGAACCUCUCUAUGUUUUCUGACAAUUCUGAUUUGGUCAUGUGGGAAUUUUCUUCUUGGGUUAGAUGGUACGCUGGUGUGGUUGAGCAGAAUUUGAUGGUGUCUAGAGCAAUUGGGUAUUAUCUCAACUCAUCGAAGAAAGAUAAAGAAGAGAAGGCACUUGCGUUACUGGACUCGGAUUUAGCAGUGGAGAUUGAAGUUCUUGUAGAAUUUGUGGUACGAAUUUGCGACGCACCAAAUUCUUUGGACCUUCAGAGGAACAAUUUGGUUUAUGAGGUUGUAAGAGCUGCAGGGGAAGAUUACAGGUCUGUUCAGCGAGAAAUCUUGGCCCGAGUGAAGGAAGUUGGGGACAGAGUCGGCUCAGUCGAGGGAGUGAAUUCUGAUGAGUUGACUCAGUUGAUUGACGCGUUGGAGAGGCUCGAGGGUUGCAAGGGGAAGUUGAUGCUGUUGUUUUUGAACAGGACGAGGAAUGAUGGGUUUUGGGAUACGGUUCGGGAGACGAAGGCCAUGCUUGUGGAGACGAAGAAGAAAAAAGAAGAGAAGAGCCUGGUGAGGUUUGUGGGGAGGGACGAGUCGGCCGAGUCGACGCAGUUUUGGAACCCAUUUCUUGAACCAGGACAGUUGUUGCUGUUACCAUCUGGUGGUGGCUGGUUGGAUUUUGGCCCAACCCCAAUAGCAGUUUGA